AUGGUCGACCUUCUCCAGAAACACUUAACACCUAUGAAGAAGUCUUUAACAACAAAAGUCACACACCUAAAUUCAAGAAAGGCGUGGAUAUCAGAAGAAACGUGGAAGGCGAUUAAUGAAAAGAAAAGACCUCCUAACCAGAAGGGGACUCUGAGAAAGCUCAGUAUAACACCAUAUCAGCGCGGGUUCAAUGCUUAUGCCGUAGAGACUACAAACCAAUAUCUGAACUCGAUAUGUGAAGAUAUUGAGGACCAUGCUAGGACUCUGCACACCAAAGACCCUGUUUCUACGAGUGAAAAGCAUCACACGAGAGUU